AUGCGUCCGAGCGUCGCCGUCGUCGCGCGCGCCGCCGCGUUCGCCCGCGUCGCGCGUCCGCGCGCGUCGCGCGCGCGUCGGCCCGCGUCGUCGACGCGUCGUCCGCGAGCGACGCGAGUUUCUGCGUCCCCAGAGCUCGAGCCUCGGGACGUCGCGCCCUGGACGGCGCCCGGCUAUCGCGGCGCGCGCGUCUCCGCGCUCGACGAGCGCGCGCAGACCGCGUGCGUGCUCGCGGUGUGGGCCGCGAUCCUUCUCGGCACGUACGAGUGCUGCGAGGUCGUCGGCCCGGCGACGCGAGCGCUCGCGCCGGAGCUCGCGGCUUGGUCGGCGAGAAGUUGGCCGCUCAUCGGACUCACGUACAUCGCCGCGGGCGCGGCACAUUUCGCCGUGCACGAUGGGUUCACGUCCAUGAUGCCGCACAAAGGCGCGUGGGGAUUCUGGAACUUACCGGGAAGCGCGAGUUUUCACGUCAACUGGACGGGCGUCGCGGAAAUUUUGGGCGGCUUCGGCGUCGUCCUCGGCUCGCUCCCGUUCGGUCUCACGCCCGAUUUUUGCGAAUCCUGGCUGACGCCCGCGAGCGCGGCGGGGUUGUUUCUGUUGACCAUCGUCGUCACGCCCGCGAACACGUACAUGUGGACUCACAAUUCGCCCGGUCCGCUGCCGCCGAACGCCGACGAGUCCAUGCAAGUCUUGCCGUGGCAGGGCCAUCUCGCGCGCGCGGCGUUACAGAUAUUUCUGUUAACCAUGCUCCACGGUUUGAUCGUUCGCUAG